GCGUCACGGUCGGACUCCCCGGCACUGCGCGCAGAGACUCGGUGGACGCGGUGCUGCAACGCUGUGGGACUGCCGCCGACGGAGCAAAUGGUUAAAGUGACAUUUAACUCCUCCUUGGGCCAAAAGGAGCCGAAGAAAGAAUGCACGGAUGAGGCUCUGAUCCCCGCAGAGGCCGAUGUGGAGGAUGGUCUGCCUGUGCACCGUCGGCAGUCCAGGCUGUGGUGCUGGUCCUUGUGUCUUGGCCUGAUCCUCUCAAGUGUGGUUGUGGGCGGGGCUUACCUGUACCGGUCCUACAUGCUGCAGGAGGACCAGGUGUACUUUUGCGGCGCGGACUACUUUGAGGAGGACUACAUGAUGGAGGAGAUAGAGGUGGAGGAGGCGGGCGAGACGGCACGUCUCCGUCACAUCCAGGAGACCAUCCGCGUGUUGGAGGAGGAGGCUGUCGAGCUCAUCUCUGUACCGGUACCCGAGUUCUCCGAAAGCGAUCCGGCCGACAUCGUGCAUGACUUCAACAAGAGGCUGACGGCGUACCUGGAUCUAACCCUUAACAAAUGCUACAUCAUUACUCUGAACACCUCCAUUGUCAUGCCGCCCAGAGACUUCCAGGAGCUUCUCAAUAACAUUAAGGCUCGUACCUACCUCCCCCAGUCCUACCUGGUCCAUGAGCAGAUGACGGUGGCUGACAAGGUGGACAACAUGGAGGAGCUGGGCUACUUCAUCUACAGUUUGUGCCACGGUCGAGACACCUACAGACUGGAGCCCAGAGCCGCCAUUUUGGGUAUCCAAAAACGGGAGGUCCUCAACUGCCGCAAGAUCCGGCACUUCGAGAACACCUUCGUGGUGGAGACCCAGAUCUGCGAGCCUUAAACCGGAAAGGGUUUUUUUUCCUCACAGUUCAACCUUGUACAGUCCAGCUCCACCCUUUUACUAAUCCUGCCCUGUGUCGAUUACCUGUACUGUCCGAGUACUGCUGAUAGACGUCGGUGAUGUUGAGGUCCUCCAGAGAAAUGCCGUUUUAAGGUGAUUAACCCACGUAUGGUUUCACUGUGUAUAAAAGUACCCUUGCACUAGGACGCGUCUGUUAAAGGGACAUUUCAAGUUUUUAUGAAGCCUCGAAUUUCUCCCAGCCGGGGUAGUUUCAGUAUUUGGGGGCGGGGGGCGGGGGGGGGGGCUUGUAGCUGAAGCAGUAAUAAUGAAACUAAAUUGGAAACAAAUUCUCUCAAAUCUCUCCACGAGGGUUUUUAAAACAGGCCAGAAGGUGAUUUUGAAGGUGCUUUAAGAGGUUUUUCAGACUUUUCCUCAACCCCGGUGGUUUCUCCGUACCACUGCAGGAUUCCUACACGUCUUCCUCACAGCAUCUGUACUCUUUACGAACUUCACGUCGACCAGACUUGAGGGUUUUGCUUUAACGCACAACGUGACGUCAGCAAAGUAGAACAAACUGCAGGGGACGUUCUCAAAAAUGACGGCGAGACUGCAUAAACGCGCCGUCUUAACAUGGUUAAAUGUUGAGACGGCGCUCUUUUCACAGGGUUUUUCUUCCAUUUCCCAAAACAAUUCCAGAAAUAUUCACAUUUCUUUGCAGACCUGCCUAAGAACAUUGUAAUGAAUUUCAGUUUCCUCCUCCAGCAUCCCAAAAAGGACGCUGCCGGUGAUAUUGGGCUAUGCAAAUAAAACUGUCUGGACUCUGCCAGUCGAUAGGCUUCGUUUAAAACUUGAAAUGAACCUUUAAGGUCUUCUUUGUUUUCUGUGAGUUAUUUUCUCUACAUAUCUACUCCUCUGGGGUGUCUUAUUCUAAACACCUACUAGUGUUUUAACACUGAGAUCCUUGGUAAUUACACUCUGUUUAAGGGUAUAACUAUAGUUACAAUGUAUUGUACUCCAGUGAUGAUAUGCAUUAUUGGCAUAGUGAUUGUUUUUAUCCUAUAGCACUGCAAGACAGAUUUGGGCUCCAUCAAUGCUAAUCCUGCUUAUGGGGCAUUAAUUUGAAUACAUCUCUAUAUAAAAAAAAAAACACCAUGAAAUAAUGACACCAAUAAAUCUUAAUAAUUUU